AUGAGCCUCUCCAGCAACGAGAUCAAACCCAAGCACGACAGGAAAGAUCAAGACAUCAAUAAGUUUUUUAGUCCCAAGUAUUCCGAGAUCGGUGUUGACGGCAAACCUCGUGUUUAUCAUGAUUGCACCUUGUGCUCCAAGAAAGGCCCAUGCAAACACUUCAUGAAGGACCUGUCAACUUGCUGUCGGCACCUUCAAAAAGACCAUAAGCUCGCCUACAAUAAAUGGGCCCAGGAUAACAACUUCGAAUCAAUGCUUCCAAAGGCCAUUGCAAAAUGUCGUGACACCGUCCUCAAAGCCAGCGCCAGCCAAACUGGCCUCGACAAUCAUCUGCAUGACCUACCACCAAAGGCCAAGCAUGUGCUGCCAUACACUGACCAGUUAUUCCAUGAGGCUGCAACAGAAUGGUUGAUUUCUACUGACCAGCCGAUUCAAGCGCUGGAACACCCAUCCUUCCACCUCGUGAUUCAUGUAGCAUCACGAUCCACACAUGGUGUCAAAAUUCUGGAUCGAAAGGUGACGUGCGCCGAGAUUAUUGAGAUGUUCAAGAAGCAGAUGAAAUAUCUUCGGACACGGCUUAAUGUAAGUUUUUGUUUCGUUUGA